CGUGGCCUCGCGCUGGGCGGGGAGAGGCGGUGGCUCUGGGCGUCCCGCCCCGAACCUGUCAGACCCGGGUAGCCUGCCUCCAGCUGCGGGCGCGGCGGGCGCGAUAAGCGCGAGCACGACCCGGCUCUCCCCCGGCCCCGAGUGGAGAAGCGCGAGCGGGCCUCGCCUAGCCGGCCGGGGGCGGGGAAAUGAGCUGUAGCCCCGCGGCAGCGCCCCAGGAUGGGGAGGGACGCGCGGCACUGCCGUCGAGAACUGGCACUCCGGUGAAGUAGGCGCCGCCGGCCGUCCGCCUCCCGCCAGCCGUUCUGCGCCGCGGCCGCUCAGCCUCUGCCAUGGCCGGCUCUGGCGCGUGGAAGCGCCUCAAAUCUCUGCUGAGGAAGGAUGACGCGCCGCUGUUUUUAAAUGACACCAGCGCCUUUGACUUCUCGGAUGAGGCGGGGGACGAGGGGCUUUCUCGGUUCAACAAACUUCGAGUUGUGGUGGCCGAUGAUGGUUCCGAAGCCCCGGAAAGGCCUGUUAACGGGGCGCACCGGACCCUCCAGGCCGACGAUGAUUCCUUACUGGACCAGGACCUACCUUUGACCAACAGUCAGCUGAGUUUGAAGGUGGACUCCUGUGACAACUGCAGCAAACAGAGAGAGAUACUGAAGCAGAGAAAGGUGAAAACCAGGUUGACCAUUGCUGCGGUUCUUUACUUGCUUUUCAUGAUUGGAGAACUUGUAGGUGGAUACAUUGCAAAUAGCCUAGCAAUCAUGACAGAUGCACUUCAUAUGUUAACUGACCUAAGCGCCAUCAUACUCACCCUGCUUGCUUUGUGGCUAUCAUCAAAAUCACCAACUAAAAGAUUCACCUUUGGAUUUCAUCGCUUAGAGGUUUUGUCAGCUAUGAUUAGUGUGCUGUUGGUGUAUAUACUUAUGGGAUUCCUCCUAUAUGAAGCUGUGCAAAGAACUAUCCAUAUGAACUAUGAAAUAAAUGGAGAUAUAAUGCUCAUCACCGCAGCUGUUGGAGUUGCAGUUAAUGUAAUAAUGGGGUUUCUGUUGAACCAGUCUGGUCACCAUCACUCCCAUUCCCACUCCCGGCCUUCAAAUCCUCCUGCCAUAGGUUCUGGGUAUGAACGCAACCAUGGGCAGGAUAGCCUGGCAGUGAGAGCUGCAUUUGUACAUGCUUUGGGGGAUUUGGUACAGAGUGUUGGUGUGCUAAUAGCUGCAUACAUCAUACGAUUUAAGCCAGAAUACAAGAUUGCUGAUCCCAUCUGUACAUAUGUAUUUUCAUUACUUGUGGCUUUUACAACAUUUCGAAUCAUAUGGGAUACAGUAGUUAUAAUACUAGAAGGUGUGCCAAGCCAUUUGAAUGUAGACUAUAUCAAAGAAGCCUUGAUGAAAAUAGAAGAUGUAUAUUCAGUAGAAGAUUUAAAUAUCUGGUCUCUCACUUCAGGAAAAUCUACUGCCAUAGUUCACAUACAGCUAAUUCCUGGAAGUUCAUCUAAAUGGGAAGAAGUACAAUCCAAAGCAAACCAUUUAUUAUUGAACACAUUUGGCAUGUAUAGAUGUACUAUUCAGCUUCAGAGUUACAGGCAAGAAGUGGACAGAACUUGUGCGAAUUGUCAGAGUUCUAGUCCCUAACUAUAUAUAUUUUGGGGACUCCUGCCUUAUUUAUCCUGCAGUCACAGACUUAAGAGCAAUAAACGCAAACCUAAAUGAGAACAUGGAAUCCCUGACAGCUGUGUCCAUAUCAAGCAAAAGUCUCUCAAUUACAGUCACCCCAGCCUGACAGUGCUAGUCUCUGUUUCAUGGGAAAAUGAGACUUUGCCAUAAUUUUCAGAUGAAGAGGUUUCCCAAACACUGUUUACAGAAUGAGACGUGACUCUACACAUACCUCAUAGAAGACAAUCCAAGAUUAUACUUCAUUUGACAGAGUACAUGUCUUAAAGGAAGCAUCAAGAAUUCAUUAUUUUCAUUUAAAAAUACUUUUUGAGGGCCAGGUGCUGUGGCUCACGCUUGUAAUCCCAGCACUGUGGGAGGCCGAGGCAGGUGGAUCACGAGGUCAGGAGUUCAAGACUAGCCUGGCCAACACAGUGAAACCCCGUCUCUACUAAAAAUACAAAAAAAAUUAGCUGGGUUUGGUGGCUACUUGGGAGGCUGAGGCAGGAGAAUCACUUGAACCCAGGAGGUGGAGGUUGCAGUGAGCCAAGAUCAAACCACUGCACUCUAGCCUGGCGACAGAGCCAGACUCCAUCUCAAAAAAAAAAAACAACUUUGUAAGGCUAUUUUAUAUUAAGCCAGUGCUGGAAAACUGAAUUUUUUAAAUUAUAUAUAAUAAUCUUGACACCCAGCUUCUGGAAUUGCUGCUUUCUUUUUACAGAAAUUACUACCCAACAGAUUUCAGAAAUUACUAGUAGUUAUCCUGAAAGUGGAAUAAGCAUGUAUUCCUAAGUGUUUCAGAAAUUUUUUUUCAUGAAUAAGUCUUAAUGAUACUGUUAUGGUUAUACUUUAUAAACAGCCUUUUGCAGAUGCUACAGGGUUUUGAAUCUCAAAGUUAACAUUUUUGAUUAUUUGUAAUCUUAGAACCAAAUCUUUACAUAUUGUGGUCACUGUCAUUAAAUGAUUUAGGAAACACUUUCAGUAUUCUGAAUGGCUAAUGUUAGUCUUAAACUCAAAUUACUACUUGAUGAUUUAAAAUGAGAUAAAGGAACGAGGAUGGGGGUUGGAGUUUCAGGUUUAUGUCUUCCCGACAUCACUUUCAUCAUUCAUGGAAUUGUCUUAAAAAAGCAAGAGAUUGCAAAAUGUAAACAAUAAUCUUCUGUCCCUUUAAGAACUGCCAACAGUUGGUACAAAAAGCGUCGUACGUUGGUUCCUGCCUCCACACCAAGUCAUCUGUGUAGAGGGUUCAGUUUAUAAUUCCCACCUUUCACAUAUAGUAACAACAUUACUCCAGAGAGAAUUUUAUGUUUUAUGAUAUGGGUUAUGUUUUUUUUUUCCUCAUCCGUAAGAGGGGAAGAGGGUUAUGUUUUAUGAUACAUUUGAUGUUUUAUGAUAUGGAUUAGGGAUUCUCUAUGGACUCCAGAAAUCCUAAAAUUCAAUUUUGAGGGUUUCCAAUAAUACCAUAGCAGAAAUGCCCAAGGGGUUGGGGAGGAUAUUACUUUGAGAAAACAGAAAUGUAAUUUUGACCUUAUGUAUGUGUGUGGUUUUGUUUUCGUUUUUGAGACAGUCUCACUCUGUCAUCCAAGCUGGAGUGCAGUGGCGUGACCUCUGCUCACUGCAACCUCUGCCUCCUGGGUUCAAGUGAUUCUUCUGCCUCAGCCUCCCAACUAGCUGGGACUACAGGUAUGUGCCACCACCCCAGCUCAUUUUUUUGUAUUUUUAGUAGAGAUGGGAUUUUGCCAUGUUGGCCUGUCUGGUCUUGAACUUCUGUCUUCAGGUGAUCCACCCACCUUCCAAAGUGCUGGGAUUACAGCAUGAGCCACCACACCUGGCCUGUAUGUGUUUAAUUUUAAAGCAAAGCACUAGAUAUGGAUGGACAUUAAAUCUGUGUUGCAGGGAAACUAAACAUAGAGGUUUCCAAACUGAAUGCAAACUUAUUUGUAAAUACCUCUGUUAAAGAGGCAGCUUGACAGGUCAUGUUUCAUUUCACAGCCAUUGCUUUUAAGAUUACCUUUUAUGCACAUUUGGAGUCCCUUUUCUACGUGACAGUUUCUUAUACCAAGAAUGGAUAUGGUUCUUAGGCUCCUCUAAGAAUCAGAGUAGAGUAACAAUGUACCAGGCAAAUUGUGAGUUGAAAUUCUAGAUAGGCAUGCCAAUGACUUAUAAUAUAAAUGAAGAAUAGGAGACAUUUCAUCUUCUUACCAAGUACCUUACUAUAAGUAAACCUAACAUAAGAAACCCCAAAUUUACUAUAAGAUUGUUGGGAGUUAAUUGUGUCAAUAAAAGGAUUGAUGGUCCCACUAAUGAAACCCAGUAGGCAUUUGUUGAAUUGAACUGAAAAUUUUUGUGGCCAGACACAGUGGAUCAUGCCUCUAAUCCCAGCAUUUGGAGAGGCCAAGCUGGGAGGCCAAGAGUUCAAGACCAGUCUGGCAACAUGGGGAGACCCUGUCUCUACAAAAAUAUAAAAAUUAACCAGGCCUGGUGGUGCACACCAGUAGUAUCAGCUACUUGUAAGGCUGUGGCAGAAGUGCUUAAGCCUAGGAGGUUGAGGCUGCAGUGAGCUGUGUCCACACCAUUGCACUCCAGCCUGAGCAACAAAAUGAGACCCUGUCUCAAACAAAAAAAAGGAAAAGAAAAUUUACAUGAUGGGAUUCCUAUUGUGAAGUCAUUUAAAAUAAUGACUUGAAUUUCUCAAAAAUUUCAGGAACAUAUAAACUAUUUAAAUCAAAAUGUUGUUACAUAUAGAAAGCAAGUUAGAAUAAAUGAGACAUAUUUAUGGACUUUGAGUAUCUGGCAAUUAAAAAGGAAAAAAAAUUCAUCAUACCCUAAUCAUUUUUCAUAUCUAUUGAGCUUGUUUCUUUUAAACGUUUCUUUAUCUUUUUUUUUUUUUUUUGGAUUUCCUAUAUUGUUUUCUUUUUUUUUUUUUAAUUGCAUUUUAGGUUUUGGGGUACAUGUGCAGAGCAUGCAAUACAGUUGCAUAGGUACACACAGGGCAGUGUGUUUUGUUUGCUUUCUCCCCUUCACCCACAUUUGGUAUUUCUCCCCUGGCAAUCCCUCCCCACCUCCCCCUCCCACUGGCCCUCCCCUUUUCCCCCUAUAGACCCCAGUGUUUAGUACUCCCCUCUCUGUGUCCAUGUGUUCUCAUUUUUCAUCACCCGCCUAUGAGUGAGAAUAUGCGGUGUUUCAUUUUCUGUUAUCUUAUGGAGAGGUAUCUGGCUUUUCAUAUCAACCUGUUCCUUAAAAAUGUAUUUGAUAAGCCAGGUGUGGUUGUUCACACCUGUAAUCCUAGCACCUUGGGAGGCUGAGGCGAUGCCUGAGGUCAGGAGUUCGAGACUAGCCUGACCAACAUAGUGAAACCCCGUCUCCACUAAAAAUACAAAAAAUUAGCUUGGAGUGGUGACAGGCACCUGUAAUCCCAGCUACGGGGGAGGCUGAGGCAGGAGAAUCACUUGAAUCUGGGAGGCGGAGUUUGCAGUGAGCCGAGAUCGAGUCAUUGCACUCCAGCCUGGGCAACAAGAGUGAGAAUCAGUCUUAAGAAAGAAAAAAAAUUGUGUUUGAUAAAACAAGCUAAAAUUAAUUGGCAGAUUGAAUUUUUUUCUUUUAAGAUGGUGUCUCACUGUCACCCAGGCUGGAAUGCAGUGGCACAAUUUCGGUUCACUGCAGCCUCCGUCUCCCAGGUUCAAGUGGUCCUCCCAUCUCAGCCUCCCAAGUAGCUGGGACCACAGACAUGCACCAGCAAACACCCGGCUAAUUUUUUGUAUUUUUGGUAGACACAGGGUUUCGCUAUGUUGCCCAGGCUGGUCUUAAACUCCUGAGCUCAAGUGAUCUGCCUGCCUCAGCCUCCCAAAAUGCUGGGAUUACAGGCAUGAACCACUGCACCCAGCCAAAAAAAUCCUUUUGUAAAAUACAGAAACACUGAAAACUUUUGUAAAUCUUUUUUUCUUUCUUUCUUUCUUUUUUUUUUUUUUUUAAUGAGAUUGGAUCUUCCUAUGUUGCCCAGGCUGGUCUUGAACUCCUGGGCUCAAGAAAUCCUCCCACCUAGGCCUCCCAAAGUGCUGGGAUUAUAGGUGUGAGCCACCCCACCUGGCCAUGAAAACUUUUGUUAAUCUUAACUGUUGUGUUCUGCUUAAAGUGAGGUACACAUAAAGUUUCCUGUGCUUUUUUUUGUAGCAAGAACUACAUAUUUUGUAUCUGUACCUUACUGAGUCUAUGAGAUUUGAGAAUUGAUAGAUUUCACUUUUUAUAACUUAACAAAACCAACAGAAAAGGACGUUAACUUAGCAGAAAAGGACCACGGACUAAACGACUUUUGACAGAGUGUUUGGUCUGUCCUUCACUUGUUGAGCCACAGCCAUGCGUUACACUUCUCAGCUGAGCUAUCGAAGAGCUCGAUGCCCUGUGAAAAGCAGUGGCUGUCUCACAACAAAGUGGAGACAAUCUAGUAAAAAAAAAAAGAAAGAAAGAAAAGCAGUGGCUGAGUUGGAUGAACACAGCAUUGUUAAUUUUGCCCUGGGAAAACAGAUUAUGACAGGACCACAGACGACCACAACAUAAAAACUUGGCAGUAUUUUGGUGUGAUAUAUUUAAAUUAAUAUUUACAAAUAACAUACAUAAACCUGUGUUUCACAACUGUGGCCAGAUGCAGCCUUUUGACCUGUUUCAGGAAAAGACCUAUUAUUCCACUAACAGUUAUGCUGCCUUAGAAACAUAAUGGGAACUGGAAGCUAUUGUAAUUCCUGCAUACAUUUCCAUUAGCUAUGCCUUAUGUAAUGUGAGUGCAGAUUUUUCACAACUUAGAGUUCCCAUCAGUGUUUUUACCACUGACAUCACUGGGUUUCUCAUUUUACUGUUUUCUUCUCAACUUUGGGUGCUUUAUUUCCAUUCUCUAAAACUGAGUUUCUUGCUCUUAGGAGACUUAGUGUUCCUCUUGAACCCAGGUGUUCCACCUGACAGUGUUUGUCUUUGGUAGACUUUCAGAAUAGACAUAGUCAAGAUCAGACAUGUGAGCUUCUCUCUCAUUUUAAUGUGAGGAAAAUCAUCUUUCAGAGACAAGGCACCAGUUAGAAAUGUAUUUCCAGGUAGGAAAGAACCUUUUUAAAAUGGCUGGUUGUUCCCGAUUCAGAUUUCUCUGCACACUGGACUGCAGUAGAGUAAGUGUGGUAGACAGACACGACGCUGCACAACCACCAGUAAACAUCAUUGCUAAGAACACUCUGGGUCAUGUUUCUCAAACAGCCACUCUCACAGCUUUUGUAACCUUAAUCAUUUGAUUCUGAAGCACAGUUAGCUAAAUUUAUUUUCCUUUUAUGCAUUUAUGUUAAUUAGUUCAACAUAAUGUAUUCUUACAGAACAUGAGCCCCUUUGAAAUGAGUUUUUUAGGAAAAUUUUGCUGUUGGCUCUGAAUUGUAUAUAGCAAAUUUAAAGUUAGAGUGUUUCCUAGAUACAAGAUUAGUUCAUUUGGUUCAGUUUGUCUUUGAACCAGGCCAAGCUCAUGAGCCAGUUGGGUAUUAGUCAUAAAUGAACAGUCACACAUCACUAUAUGCUAUGUUGAGCGGGGAGGCAAGUCUGAUCUCUAAAUAAUUUAUGAAGCUUAAUAGCUCUGUAGCCAAAAUACCUUUGCAAACCCUAACUCCAGAUAUGUCAUGUGAAUCUUGACAGCCAGGGCUUAAGAUUUGUUUUACUGAUUGCCAGUCAGGUAUAUUAUUUGUGAUGUUCAUGGGAGCACUCAAAGUAGAAGACAGUGUUGUGGGAGUUCCUCAGUAGUGAAUUAUAUGUGUGUACUCGGGCCAGCCAGUGAUUCAGUUCUCACUUAUAAAGGGUUUAACCUGCUCUUCUAAUCAUUGAGGACCAAUUUGAUUUUUUAUAAAAUUGGAAAACAUUUAUGGAGACUUCCCCAAUUAAAUCUAUGACAGUGUCCAUUUAAAUAGUGCAAUUUAGUAUAUUCUGAAAUAACUGCAACACAAAAUUGAAAUGUGCCAGUAUGUCAUCUUUCUGCCUGGAAGAUACUGUAUAUUUGGAAAGUUCAUGCUUCUCUAAAUAAAUACAUGUUAUUAAAUACGCCAUAUCACAGCUAAAAAAACUGUAUAUACUUUAUAAUAUGUCCUUUUAGAAACCAAGUAUUUUGCAUAUGGUUGAUUUUAGAAAGAUUUUGAAGCUGGGGUGUAUCCAUGUUAAUUAAGAUCAAAGUAUAAAUAUAAAUAUAUAUAUGUACUGUAUUUGCAACUUUCAAAUUGUAAUUUCCUAUACAUUUAUUAAAGUGUUGUUUUGCCAUGUGGUUUAUUAAAUAAAAAUGUACAGUCCCUUAAA